CUCUCUUAAUUUGCUGGGGGGAGAAAAAAAAUGCAAUGGGCGAGCGUGAGCCGCGCCGUCAGUACCGCUGACCUUUGGAGGAUUUCUCUGUAAUCUGUUGGACUUGUCGACUCGACUGGAAGCUUUGGAUGAGCUUUGACUUCUGCGAGCCCAAAACGGACACCUGCCAGUAAAAAAAAAAAAAAAAAAAAAACCCCGGAGGGUUUGUCCAACUUCAUCAUUCCAUCUAUCCAUCCAUCCAUCUAUCCAUCAUGGGGGCCGUGCCAUCCAGACUCGGCUAUCUAUUUCUGCACCUGUUUGUGUUCUGCUUCUAUGCCCAGGUAACCAAUCAGUCCCCGCCUAAUUUCACGCAGCAUGUAAGCGAGCAGAGCAAGGUGACGGACCGGGUGAGCCGCAGGCUGAUCCGGAUCUACCAGCUGUACAGCCGGACCAGCGGCAAGCAUGUGCAGGUCCUGCCCAACAAGAAGAUCAAUGCCAUGGCCGAAGAUGGAGAUGCGCACGCGAAGCUCAUCGUAGAGACCGACACGUUUGGAAGUCGAGUUCGCAUCAAGGGAGCUGAGACGGGCCUCUACAUCUGCAUGAACAGGAAGGGGAAGCUCAUUGGCAAGGAAAACGGACAGGGCCGCGACUGCAUCUUCACCGAGAUUGUCUUGGAAAACAACUACACAGCCCUGAGGAACGCCCGGUACGACGGCUGGUACAUGGCCUUCACUCGCCGCGGACGGCCACGCCGGGGCUCUAGGACACGCCAGCAUCAGCGUGAGGUGCAUUUCAUGAAGAGGUUGCCGAAGGGGCAGCAGCCCACCCAUCCAGGUCAACAUCGGCCUUUUGACUUCAUCCACUACCCUUUCAGUCAAAGGACUAAACGCACACGGUACUCUUCACGGCACUGAGGUGGAAUUGAAAGACCCGAAAACAAAAAAAGGACAAAAGAACUUAAAUAUUGACUGAAGUACCGAAACAUUACGUGUCCCUCUCGAAAACGAACCUUUAGAUAUUUUUUUUGUACUGUAUCUUAACUCGUAGCCUAUUUUCAAAUGUUCUCAAGUGAACAAAGGAAGUUCAUGGACAUAAAAGAAUAAGAAAACAUACAUAUUAAAAUCUAUUUUUGUACUCCAGACUUUUUUUUUAGUGCUGAGAAUUUCUUUCACGGCCCCGUCAUUUGUCUCGUUUUCAGCAUCUUUGUAGUGUGUGUCGUUUUGAUUUGUUGCAUAUCAUUUUAACUAGAGGAGACUUUUUUUAAAUUCUUUUUUGGACUUUCGCCUGCUGCUCAAGGAGACUUGAAGGACCCUGAGCGGCCGCACUGCCAGGAAACGCUGAGUUUACGGACACACUGUGAGACACGACACUGCAGAGCGCAGGAAGCAACAGCACAGGAAGGAGGGGGGGGACACUUUGGUGUUCAGGCUGUGUGCCAGACGUUUCGUCUUUACUGAAUUCAUUUAAGCAAACUGAGCGCUCAUAGCAUAUUAUGGGACGAUGUGGCAGCUAUAAUUUAUAUUAACAGGUUUCCUGAUCUGACUGUAGUGACUCAUGUACAAAAUGUGUUUACCCCCUUUCCUGCCCCCUCACCUUAUGGGUUCUUGUUUCACUCUUAAUGUCUGUUUUUAUACAUAUAUGAAUAUAUUUUUUAUUUGAGGAUGUGCAUAAUAAUUUUAAAGAUGGAAUAUUUAUUUAAGAGGUGUAACAAAUGUACAUUAGGACACUGACAUUAAACUCCUGUUUGAUACGUGCUUGC